UACAAACUCCACAUUUUCAUCCUCAAUCACAUUGUUGGAGUUUCUUAUUUUAUCUCUCCACAUAAAAAUAUAAACUUAGUUAGUUUCAUAGUAGUCAGUUUUAAUUAUGGAUAAAUUCGUGAUUCGGCUAAGCUCCACCCCCUCGACCUCAAGUACUACUGCCUGUGCCAGCAGCACCGUUGACUCUCCUCCUCCCUCGCCAGCAGAACAACCCCCCGUGAAGAAAGCAAAACCUUCCAUCAAGGUCACCCCACCACAACGGGAAACUUCGGUUGAUUGGAGAAGCAGGGUCAUUUUGAGUGAUGACGAUGAGGUUGGAUUUCUCAACUCGCAGGAAGAGUUUGAGAAUUUGUUUAGCGAGGGUCCACCCACCCCCUCCUCAUCCGCUAUUUUGCCCACACCGAGCCGACACACCCAAUCUCCCCUCUUCACAGUACGAAUGACAAUUUUUAACCACCUCCAGGAGAAAUAUCCCUUGAUUGAGUUCACCUUCGAUACUGUCGAGUCAACUGCCGAGUACAAGGAUCUCAUGGAAUUGUGGAAUAAACAUUUCAAAAAGUUUGAGAAGAGUGACCCAUGGAAAGCGGCGUCUCCACCCGGUGUAACGUUUCUUCACGACAAUCAACCAGUGGGAGUGAAGUAUGUUGGGGGGAGAUUGUUUUAUAAAGUCAAGAAGGGGGGAGAGAAACUUGUGUGGAAUACCUCUGUCGGAUCCAAAUGCAGGGUGGAAAAUUGUCCUGAGAGGACUCAUUUGGAAGGACAUUGCUACAAGCACAACACAGUGAAAAGGGAGAUUUUGAUGAUUAGGGACGUGGCCAAUUUGGACAAGGUGAACAUGGCCUUCGUUCAGCCGGAAUUGAGGAAGGAAAGGUUCACUGAUCUCGGAUUAAAUUUAUGUCUACGAGGAGCGCAUUACGAUGGUCGGGCAUUCGGCCAAUACCUCGACAAAUUUCCUAAUGCGUGGUUUGUAAUAGAGAAACGUUGGGAAAAUCUCACCAUGGAAAGCACGACGAAGUUUCAAACUUUAGAGAUUCUAAUGUCUCUCAUGGUGUCAUUUCACAACUCUGUCGCUACAAAACCAGCAGAGCAGAUCAAACUCAUAAAUUGUGACAUGUGUACAAAGUCUGGAAACUUGGAUGACGUGAACAAAAUUUUAGCGUUAAACAACGUUAGGCCACAAGGGGGUUCUCGUCGCUAACAUGUUGGGAAUGAAGACAGUCGGUGGUCACGAUGUUUACAAUUUAGCUGAAAAGUUCACCCAUUUCGAUCAUGGCUGGGAUGAAGAUAUUUUUAAAGAUUUUUUUGUCAUGAUAACGGGUAAAGAUAUUGUUGUAAAGAAAGAUAAGCUCAAAACUGUUCCGACAGAGGUGGAUUUUAUGGUGCCGAUAUAUAAGACUGUAGGGGCUGGGGAGAAGAAGCGACAGGUUUUAGAUACCGACAAGAUGAAAAAAGAGGGUGUUCAGAAGAAGGUUUACGAGAAACUUAUUAUUAAUUGGAUUUAAGAGCACUUGUUAAACUAUGUCAUGUUAAACUAUUAUAUUAAUAAAUGAAUUUGUUGGACCGGAUAGGCUAGA